UACUGAGUUUAAGGAUCUGAUGUCACACGUUGACCACAGGCUCGUUUUCCUCUAGCUGCAAAAAGACAGGCGCGGACUAUUCGAACACAUCUACAAUUGAUAAUUAAAGAGCAAAAAAAUGUCCGAUGCCAUUUACGACGAUGUGACCAGGGUUGAGGCAAUGAAGAGAGAGAGAGUGGAGAUGACGGUGGAUAUCUAUGAGAGUGCAGAUUCUGUGAGAGAUCACGACUUCACCACAAAGACCAACACACUCCAACCACUUCAGGGCACAGGACGUGAUUCAGUGGGGAUCAGAAUCUACAAAGCAGCUGUAAUAUGUUUGGUUCUGCUUUGUGUUCUUCUGCUGACUGCAGUCGUAUUGCUGUUCGUCCACAUAGACACAAACAACACAAAAUACACAGAAAAGACAAACCAGCUAUUAACCACCAUUACCAACCUCACAGAAGAAAACAAUGUGCUAAUAUAUAAACUUUCAAUUUUUGAUGAACGGAUUUACUGUAACAGUUUUUACUACAUGUCCAAUGAGACAAAGAACUGGAAUGAUAGCAGACGAGACUGUAAAAAGAGAGGAGCAGAUCUGAUCAUCAUAAACAACAAAGAGGAAAAUGAUUUUGUUAUGAAAAUUACUAAUAAAACAGCAUUCUGGAUUGGUCUGACUGACAUUGAGGAGGAGGACACUUGGAAAUGGGUUGAUGGCAGCGAACUGACCUCUGGAUUCUGGGCGUCCGGUCAAGACGUAGAAGAGCCAAAAGGAGGAAAAGAUGAGAACUGUGCUGUGACUUAUUUAACACAUAACCCUGAAUUAACAGGGUGGCAUGAUGUUAAAUGUGAAACUGCUUAUCAGUGGAUCUGUGAGAAGAGUAUUUUACCUUUCAUACAGCCCUAGGAACAUCAUAUACAUUUUUUUGGUGACCUAAAUGGUGUCAUCGUAGUGUAGAUAAGUUAAAACAGUAACUUGGUAAAAAGCAAUGUAUGACUGUACAUUUUCCAGUUAAGAAAUUAUUGCAUAAAAAACGCUUCAUAGUUUUCCAGUAAUACACCUUAAUGUCAGUAGAUUUUGUCACUGUAGUGCUCUGUGCUUAGCUUUAUUAAACCUGACAAAAGAGUAAUCCA